UUUUUAGAUUUUGAUAAAUUGAAUUUUAUGUACAUAUUAUGUUUAUAAAUGAAAACACACAAACUUACCUGCUGGUAAUGUGUAAUCUGCCUGCGAAAAAUGUAAAGAACACACACACAUAUUUGCAGUUACUUUUUUACCCAUUCGUAAUACUCUUUCCCAUUGCUUUCUACGUUCUAUGAUCUCUUCAAUUCCGCUUUUAUUUAUUACUUUUACAAAAUUUUUAUUUGGUGGAGGAAAUUGAUGAAACCUUAUAUCCAAGUUAACACAAGCUUUACUUGAGCAAUUAAAAACUGAACAAUAUCGCUUGCUCUUUGUUUUUUUUGGACUGAAUUUCAUUCCCUGAAUGUUUUUCUCUCCAUUAAAAUCACUCAUUUUUAUAUUUCACUUUAAAUUAAACAAUAAUUAAAUAUUAAAAACAGAAAAUUUAGGCUGACACAUUCGUAAACAAACGUAAAGUUUUGAAUCUGACCCAGUUGUAUUAGUUUGUCAAUCUGACACCAGAUAGCGUGUCGCUGUAUUUCAGAUCCCUAUAAUUCGAAGCCAUAAAAAAGAAGAGAAAUGUAAAUUACUGUGCGGUGCAUAGGCACUUUAGGUAAAAGAAACAUGUUUUAUAAUUUUAUACAAUUUGUUUAGUGUUUUAUAAUUUAAAACGCCGGCUGAUUUCAAAUAAAAAAAUACAAAUGUAAAAAGUUACUGUGGAAAUGUGAUGAAAUGUUUGUAAAUAUAAAUUGAAUACCUUAGAAUAUUUGGAUUCCUGGAAUCUGGAUUAAACGAAUAUCCUCCAAUAAUAACCAUUUCUGUCAAUAAUUAAAUUAUUAUUAUGUAAAAAUGUUAUAAAAAACUAGUAACCACAAAAUGUUAACAUGACAGUAAUAAAUCAAUCACUUGUUCGUUGCACGCAUUCACAGUAAACAAAGUAUAAAAAAGAAUAUCAGCUGUCAAAAAAUAAAUAUACUUAAAAUUCAGAAUUAUUUUUCUUUGAUAAUUUUUAUUUUAAUAAGUUUAUAUGAUUGCUGGUCAUAAAGGACGAAUUGGAGAAAUUUUGAGACAUUUGACGUAUCAAUUUUGGGAAUCGUCCUACGAAUUUUCGACGGUUUUGGGUCAAUUUCUUUGGUCGCUUCGGUCAGUCAAGAAUCCUGGCGCUGAAUCAUUUAAAUAUAAGGCAACAUUACCAAGUGCGAGAUGUCUAACAGAAUUGAAACUAUUCUCAAUGACUGCUUACAAGAGAUAGAGUAUGAUAUAAAUAAGAUAUUAAUACAAACAUGGGUUAAAUUUGAAAUUGGACAAAUAUCUGAACACAUUUUGUAUUACUUUGCAACACUACCACUUAUUCCUCAAUCGGAAUAUAUGAAUGCUGCUUUGGAGAUAAAAGAAUCAGUUAAAUCUAAUUUGACUCCCGAAACACAGAAAUUUGUAGAUGAAGUGUUUAAAAAUAUUGUUUUCGGGACUAAUUUUGUUCCUCUGUUUGAUGCCAGACCAGAAAGAUCAAACGAUUUAAUUGAAACUGUCAAUCAAAUUAUAAGAACAAAGUUAUUAAAUAGCAAAUGUAGUGGAGAAUUUAUAGAAAAUUUGGAUUUUCUUGCGACAUAUAAAUGGUGGGAUAAUAAAGACAUCAAGCUCGUUUCCCCGAUUAUUAAUAAAGUCAUCACAGAUGAUUUCCUUCGACUUAAUAAGAAAUCAUUGACAUUAAAGAGUGCUAUAUUAUCUAUGGAAAAACAAAUUAGGAAGUAUAUUUAUUUUCCAAAUAAAGAAGUAACUAAGAAUCCGAAAACAAAAAGCAGAGAUUUGAUAAAUACGUCAAAUAAUACUGGAAAUACAAAUAGUUCUGAAGUAGAAAAAUUUCUAAGCAUUAACCUGACUCUUGAUGAAACUCGAGACAGUGAACCUCAAGAAGAAGAAGAAUCAGCAAAUAUUUCAGAAACGUAUUUUAACAGUAACACACAAACAGUAACAGAAAACACUGAUACACAAAGUUUCGAGUCUGAUUCUCAAAUGAACUAUAUACAGGGUUCAGAUGAAACAUAUAAAAAUGGUCAACUUGAGGCAAACGAUAAAAUAGCUGAACUGGAACAUACGAACAAAGAUGCUCUUGAAAAUGGCGUGUUAAAAAACUUGAAAUCGACAGAAACUAACACACAAAAUGUCAUUGCAAGAAAUAAUUCCGAAACUGAUGCAAGUUUUACACUAGCUUUAGAUGAAUCUCCUGAAAAUGAUGUGCCAAGUACUCAUUUUAACAACUCACCAAAAACUAACCCAGUGACUGUCAUUGAAAAAAAUGGUUCUGUAUCUCAAACUGAUUCAAGUCUUCAGCUAACUUUGGAUGAAUCUCUUGAAAAUGAUGAGCCAAGUACUCAUUUUAACAACUCACCAAAAACUAACCCAGUGAAUGUCAUUGAAAAAAAUGGUUCUGUAUCUCAAACUGAUUCAAGUCUUCAGCCAACUUUGGAUGGUGAUGCUGAAAUACCAAAUCCUGAACAAGUCGACCCGCUCGAGAAUGGAAACGAUCAAUUCAUUUGCUGCAUCUGCCGCGUAACACUGCCCAACCACUGUUUUAUACCUUGCGGGCAUUUGGCUGCUUGUCAAGAAUGCUGUGCAGCUUACAAUGCCUUAAACAUUGCUGAAGAGGAUGAAAAUAAUGGGCGGAACAACUGUCCCGUGUGCAGAAGAGAAUACCAGUCAACGCAGAUCAUCAUUGAAUCGCUCGAAUGCUGUGUGUGUCGUCAAAACCCACCAACCGUUUGUUUUGUACCCUGUGGUCACAUGGCGUUAUGCAACAAUUGUCACUUGUUAGAAAUUCUAAACGAUAAUAACAACUGCCUAGUCUGCUCGGAAAGUUACAAUUCACUUCAAAAAGUCUUCAAAAUUUAAACUAACAAAACACAUUAAAUAUCCCAUUUAAAGCACAGUAAAAUUUUAAUUAUCCUUCAUUCCGAUAUUUGAAAUUUAACUAAACUUUAAAAUUUUUCUUUAUUAUUAAGAUUCUAUAAGAGAAAAGAAAUGUUUAAUCAGAAAUUAUUAAUGUUUAAGGUAUUGUACGAUGCAAAAUGUUACAAUCAUGUUUAAAAUUAUCUUUAAAAUUACCUAAAAUGUAUGAGGGACAUUCCAUUUCAAAACGAACCACCUUAUAAACAAUUGCCAUUGUAAAGCAAUUUUUAAAAAAUUAUUCCAACCAUUUAUUUAAGCCGAACUUUAUUUACUACUAGUGAUUUUAAAAUAAAAAUUUCUCAAUUUUAUGAUGGUAAAAUUUUUUUUUUUAAAAAUAAUAGAAUUUAUGAAAAAAAUUAAAUUUGAUUGUUAACCUUUUAAAUACCUUAAAAACAUGUCGUGUCCGAUUUUCUUCAAAUUUAAGUCAAAAUGUAUCUUAAAAAAUCUAGUUUUAUUCUAUGUAAACAUUACAAUGAGCAGUUCGGUUGAAAUCAAGAAUCAAUUAAAUUUUACGAAACUGUCAGAGGUUAAACUGCGUAAAAAUUUGAAAAAAAACAAAUUCCUCUCGGUGCAUGCAUUAAAACCUUCGAAAUUCUUGUAAAAUUUAAUUAAUUUCUCAAAUUUCCGCAAAUUGACCAUUGUAAUGUUUACAUAGAAUAAAACUAGAAUUUUUAAACCACAUUUUGACAUAAAUUUAAAGAAAAUCGAACGCGACAUGUUUUGAGAUAUUCAAAAAGUUAUCUUUCAAACUUAAUUUUUUUCAUAAAUUCUAUUAUUUAAAAAAAAAAAAUUUAACAUCAUAAAAUUAAGAAAUUUUUAUUUUAAAAUCACUAGUAGUAUAAAUAAAGUAUCGCUUUAAUGAAUGGGAGAAAUAAUUUUUUAAAAAUUGCUUUACAAUGGCAAUUGUUUAUAAGGUGGUUCGUUUUGAAAUGAAAUGCCCCAUAAACUUACUCAUUUAAAAAUGUAUGUUUUAAAAACACGCGAAAACAAAAAGUUUAUAUCUAUGGCAUAAUGUAAUGUAAUAAAAAAGUCUGUCAUCGUUUAAAAAAAAAAGUUGUACAAAAUUCAUUAUUCAGUGUUGCAACAGGUCAUGAAAGUCGUGAAAUUUAAG